UUAUUCUCACCCAGAAGAAAUUAUUUUUCAUCCGGGGAAAAAAACAGAAGUGAAGUGUUAAGAAGGCAAAACUAUCUUUAAUUUCUUGAAUUGAUUAACUUGUAAUUUUAAAACGAUUCACUUCUAAAUAAUUUUUUUUUUAAUUUAUUUUUCUUCCACGCAACCAAAACCCUCUUCUUUUCUUUUCUUUCCUUUCCUUUCUGCCAAUUCUCCUAGCAUCAUUCAUUCUUUCUUUUGUUGAUUUUUGUGUCUCUUUUUGCCGAAUAAUAGUUAGUGGAUAUCGGCCAAAUUCGUUGUUUUUCACCAUUUCUUCAUUCUUUCGGCUGAUAUUGGAGCUGCUCGUUGGUGGGUCGGAGUUGCUACCAUUUGUGUUAAAGGAUCUGCAAAGCUACUGGGUUCAACUGGUUGCAUCUUUUAGCCUGUUGCCAGCUGGUUGAUUGAGGAAAUAAUUGUGGUUUUUGUGCAACUUAUGAUUUACAGAACCUUGCCAUAAACAUUUGUGUAUUUUGGGGAAUGGAUUGGCUGCUUUUCCUCAAGAUUUACAAAUGAUGUUCAGGGUGCAAAAGGCUGCAAAUGCUCUUGGCAUUAGGUGGAGAUGGGGUGGUGAAUCCUCUUUGGCCACAGGCUUGCUAGGUGAUGUGCCUCCUGAGAUUGAGUUGUCUGACUAUGGGAGGGUUCCACCAAGUCCUGGUAGUGAGAGCCCUUCGGGGCUUCUUAAUGGUGAGAGUCUGAAUGUAGAACCCAUUGCCGAUUUGGACUUGUUCUUUGAACGGCUUUAUUGCUACUAUUGUGAGAAAGGGCUUUGGUGCAUAAUUAUAAAGUGGAUAGUUGAACUUCUGAGCCUGGGAUUUACCAUAUGUUUCUCAGGAUUUUUCUUAUUGUUUGUUGAUUGGAAUGGUCUCCGCAAUGCAAAGUGUGGGAUGGAUGCAUUUGAGUCUGGAAUUAAGCCAUGUGAUCUUGCUAAGGAAGCUCUUCACCAGCACCCAUUAACCCCUUUAACCCUUUCAAAAGCUAUUAUUGUUGGAUAUUUGGGGCUAUUUUCCUUCUAUUGGAUAUUCUGUUUUUUGAGGUUUUUUGCACAAUUAAAGGAUACUCUUGGAGUACGUCAUUUCUAUUAUAACAGUCUCCAUGUUACUGACAAUGAAAUUCAAACCAUGCCAUGGGCAACAAUCCUCGAAAGGGUUGUCCAGUUACAAAGUGCUCAACAACUCUGUGUGGUCAAGGAUCUUUCCGCUCAUGAUGUCGUCAUGCGAUUGAUGCGAAAGGAGAACUACUUGAUUGGAAUGCUUAAUAAAGGAGUGCUUGCUUUUCCUAUCUCAACCUGGGUCCCUGGUGCUGGUCCAACUGUGAAAUUUGGCCCUGGUGGAACACGGCAUCGGCUGAUUCUAACAAAGACACUUGAAUGGACCUUAAAUUGGUGUAUACUGCAGAGCAUGUUUGACCGAAACUUCUGUAUUAGAAGGGACUUUGUUUCUAACCCUAGAACAUUGAAGAAGAGGCUUAUGGUUGUCGGCCUUGCUAUGCUUCUUCUCUCUCCAUUUCUUGUUAUAUUCAUGCUGGUUUAUCUCUUCUUAAGGCAUGCUGAACAAUUUUAUAACCAUCCAAGCACAGCUUCAUCCCGAAGAUGGUCAAAUUUGUCGAAGUGGAUGUUUAGGGAAUUCAAUGAGGUUGACCAUUUAUUCAAGCACCGGAUUAAUAGCAGUGUAAUGCAUGCUUCUGAGUACCUAAAGCAAUUCCCCUCACCAAUUAUUUCUAUCAUCGCAAAGUUUAUCUCGUUUGUAUCUGGUGGCUUUGCUGCUAUUUUAAUCAUUAUUGCCUUUCUGGAAGAAUCUUUGCUAGAGGGCCAUAUAUUUGGUCGGAACUUGUUUUGGUAUGCAGCUGUUUUUGGAACCAUAACGGCUAUCAGCCGGGCUGCGGUUACCGAUGAACUUCUGGUCCUUGAUCCAGAAGGAGCCAUGUCUAUGGUGGUCCAACAUACACAUUAUAUGCCAAAGAGAUGGCGUGGUAAAGAGAACACUGAGAUAGUGCGGAUAGAGUUUGAAACUCUAUUUCAGUAUACUGGGAUGAUGUUGCUAGAGGAGAUGGCCUCAAUUUUCCUCACUCCAUUCUUGCUUCUAUUUGUUGUCCCAAAGCGGGUGGAUGACAUUUUACAGUUCAUUGCAGAUUUUACCAUGGAUGUCGAGGGUGUUGGUCAUGUUUGCAGUUUUAGCGCCUUUGAUUUCCAAAACCAUGGCAAUGGCAAUUAUGGCUCUCCACAUAAUGCAUCUCGCACUCAAAGGAGUUCCCAAGGGAAAAUGGAGAAAUCAUUCUUGAGUUUCCAGAGUUGCUACCCUUCAUGGGAGCCAGAUGCUCAGGGUAAGCAGUUCUUGUCAAAUAUUAGAAGUUUCAGGGAGCAAAAGUUGCAAGGGCAGGGUGCUAGACAUGCCUAUUCUCCCAGUAGAUUGUGCCGAGGUAGCCCACUCUACGCCCUUGCAAUGGAAUUCCAGCAGCGAGUAAUUGAUGCCUGGGAAGGCCAUGGAUCAAGUGCACAAGAUGAACUCAAAGAAGCCCAACGUCUUCUCGAAGAAUUAAAGACAAAGGCCCGUGGUACAUCCACUAACCGGGUUCCUACAAGGGCGUUGCCUUUGCCACAAAAUAGCCUCGCUUCCAAAAUUUCCAUAUCCGGUGUUCCUGUUGACUAG